AUGUUCGUAGCCCGUCGCCUGCUGGAGGCGAUGGCCGGCGCCGACACCGACGCCGCCGUGCAGCCUUCGGCUGUCGACGAUCCGGAAGCGAUCGCUUCCGGCGGAACCGGCAUGGUCGACCCACCGCAGCCGGUAUGGGCAACCACGUCGCCGCCGAUUAUUACGGCAACCGCAGCCGUGAAGUCGUUUGUCACGCACUGCUUGGGCUGUGCGAUAGACAGCGGCGGUGGCCCCGAAACUGCCCGAGCCGACCGUCGCACAUUCGGAUCGAUCGACCCGAGCGCACCGCACGGCAACUGGACGUGGAGCUUCCAGGAAGGCAAGGCCGUACAUCCGUACGAACUGGGAAGUAAUUUUACGGCCUCCCAGUACGACACGUUCGACGCCCAGGAGGACUUUCCGCUGUACGAGAUGGAUCCGGCUUACCAGCUACGCUACAGCAUGCUCGGCGCGGUGCUACUUUCGGGGGCCUAUGCGCUCGUCUUCAUCGUCGGGCUGCUCGGGAACAUCUCGGUCGUGAUCGUGGUAAAGAAGAGCACCAUGAUGCGCUCGCCGACGAAUCGAUUCAUCGUCAACCUGGCGUACGCUGAUUUAUUGGUCAAUAUUCUUUGCCUCCCGUUCACGCUGAUCGGAAACCUCUAUCCAGCCUGGAUCCUGGGAGUAUUCUUCUGCAAGAGCGUCUCCUAUCUGCAGGGCGUUUCCGUGUCCGCUUCCGUCAACACGUUGAUGGCAAUCUCGAUCGAACGCUGUGUCGCGAUAUCAUUUCCCAUCUCGGGUACCAUCACGACGAGGCAGUAUCGUAUGAUAGUGUCCAUCAUCUGGUUUAUAGCGCUGAGCAUUAACCUGCCGUGGCUGUUCGUCUUUACGCUGCGACCCAUCGGAAUACCGGGCAGCAUAGCGCAGAUCUGUACCGAACUUUGGCCUACGCCGGCAUCGGAAAGUUGGUACUUUCUCUUCGCAAAUCUGUUCUUCUGCUACCUUGGUCCACUCAUUGUGAUAUCUAUCUGUUAUGUCAUCAUUUGGAAGAAUGUAGCCUACCGUAAGUUGCCGCGUGAGAUGAUAAUAAAUCGUAAGAACGACGUCUUCAACCGUAGCAAAGUGAAAGUCAUAAAGAUGGUGUUCGUUGUGAUAAUAACCUUCGCCAUCUCCUGGUUACCGUUGUAUGCGAUUUUUUGUUUCGUCAAAUUUGGUGGUGAUUUAGUGUAUGAUGAGACAGUCCAAUCCUUCAUACUGACUAUCUUGCCCAUAGCGCAAUGGUUGGGUGCAUCAAACUCCUGCAUCAAUCCCAUUUUGUACGCGUUCAUGAACCGCAAGUUUCGGGUUGGCUUCAAGAAGCUUUUCCACAGCUGCUGCACGGCGGAUGAGGACGACUGGGAAUUGCCGACCACCGUAGGGCGCAUGGACGAGAAGGAAAUGUAUUUGCGGCGUUUGCGAUCGUUCAACAACAGCAAUCGGCACCAUACCUUGCUCCAGUACGGCAGGCAACCUUGCACCAGCAUUCGUCUGCCGAUGUCGGCGCCGGUCGCAAUCGUAGUCCCGACCAGUAAUGGGUGCGAUUAA